AUGAAGUGGAUGGUGGCUUUUGGCUUUGACAAGUCAUCUGCUAGCAGCAGGCUCACUAUCAUUGAGCGCUGUACCCAGAUUGCCCAAGCCCUGUUCAUUACAGACAAACCUGGCACACCAUUUGGACCAGCAGAUCUAAAGAAGCUGAUGGAAGCUGUGAAAAAUUGUAUUUCAAGCCUUUGCACAACUUACAAUGACUACUGCAAGCAACUUGGUGAGACUGGGCAUGGUCUCAUUGUUUCAGACUGUGAACAUGAUAUUACACCUGGGUCUGAGAUUGCAAAGGUUUAUGGCACUAGCCCCAUAGCUGGUUGUGUAGCCAUAUCCAACAGUACUUCAUCUCUUGACCUCUCUGUUCUUGACAGACUCAAGAAUGAUGCUGAUGUCUUUGAUAAAGGUGGAGACAUCACUGAAAGUGCUCCCUGUGACUUGUCACCAUUGAACAACUCCCAUCUUGGUUCUCCUGGGUUUGAUAUUGAAUGGCCACCUAGCAAGGGGGAGGUGACUGCCCCACUGUCCAUUCCUGAGCCCAAGGCAAAGCUCACAGUGAAACAUCCUGCAUCACCCUGCACAGGCUACUCUUCAGUCAAGAGGAAAAUGACCCCACAGGAGCUUGCAUGUGAGAUUGUGGAAGGUGAGUGUGCAGCUCAACUGCAGAUGAGUCUCAAUAGUGCAAAAGAGAAGACUAGACAGGAGUGUGUCAAGGGGGAGGCUGCAUGA